CAAAUAUUCAUUUGAUCUAAAAAUUAAAAAAAAAAAAUGUUUACCCAGCGUAGAGUGACCGCUGAAGGGUUAAUAGCGUGGCCACACUUCUGGUCUAUCCAACCACAGGUUCCCCCAGCUCCCUGAUCUCAACUUGGGUAUUUAACGCAGACCUGCGUAAGUCGGGAGUCUGGAGGAGCAAACGGGAGGGGCAACCGGUGGCAGCAAUAAAUAAAUGAGACGUGAUUUCAAUACACAAAUAAUGCCAAGGAGGGGGGAUAGGGGGAUAUGGAGGAGCGGGAGGAGCAGGAGGAGCAGGAGGAGCAGGAGGAGCAGGAGGAGCAGGAGGAGCAGGAGGAGCAGGAGGAGCGGGAGGAGCAGGAGGAGCGGGAGCAGCAGGAGGAGCAGGGAGGAUGGCGAGCCAGAGAACUGGGGACACUUUGUGGUGGCUGCUCCAGCUCCUCUGCUUCUGCGGAUUGUUGCUGAUUUUUUAUUUAUUUAAUUUGCGGGCUUGGUUUUUUAUUCCUCCAUUUUUUAGCCACUGGUUGGCACUUGGCAGCAAUAAUGACAUUCGACGCCACAUACCAAGCAGCUGCCCAAGCAGCCAGGAGCA